AUGCUACAAAAGAAAAUACUGAAUAGUGUGACAAGGGAAGUUAUCCAUAAAAUGCUACAAAAGAAAAUACUGAAUAGUGUGACAAGGGAAGCUACAAAUGUUCUUACUGGAUUGACAGCUUCAAAAGAUGUUAAUGUGUAUAUAUUAGAUGUUGAUGAUCCUCCUUCAUGUGAAGCCUUUAUAGUACCUUUGUUAACUGUUGAUGUACCUGUUGGAACUAUUGUAGGAAAUUUUACCUGUAUUGACCAUGACAUAAUACAAAAACAUAUCUUAGAAUUGGAUAUCUUUAUUGAGAUGUCGCUAGAUAAUAAGAAAAUAAAAGAUGAUGCCUACUUUGAUAUUAAGAUCCUUACCAAGGGAAAUAUGACUACAGGAUCCAUAUUAACUAAAACUCUAUUACCUGUGGACAUACCUAUGUACAAUAUAACAGGAAUAGUUAGAGAAAAAAUUUCUACUGAAUCACCUAGAUAUAAUAACAUUAUAAGUAGACAGCCAGUAUUUCAGGAACAUUUUGUAGUAAAUGUUAAUUUGACACCUGCAGUUCCCUCAUUUGAUGUGUUCAUCAUAAACCCAAUUGAAAUCCAGGUCAGAUGGGGGUUUAUACGGUUAGAAUUUUACAACAUUACUGAAUGGUAUAUUAUCAGGUGGAAUGAAAAUGAAAUACGUGGAUCCGUGAACAGGUUCAGUGAGAUACAACAGUACACACUGACUGUGGAAGAAGAUAAAGUUUACAGAGUACAGGUCAAGGUCAAAACUAAAUAUGGAUUGUUAGUUACUCAAGUGAAAACAGUGAAAACACCAGUGUUCCCUAUCUAUUCACCAUUCAUUGCAUCAUUCCAACUAAAAGACAGAGUGUUUGUUCCAGAACUGUAUAAUAAAUCUUCCAGUGAAUAUAUUGAAUUGUCACAGUCUGUUAAAACUAAUGGAGAAAGUUUGCUAAACCAGACACCUGGCUUUGUAGUUCUAGAUGUACUGCAAUUUAGGAAUGGAAGUGUUUAUGUAGACAUCUUAAUUACAAUAAAUCAGACAGGGAGUGUGCUUGAAAACUCAGCGGUGUUAAAAUCUGCUAUAGCAUCAGGAUAUUUGGGACAGCUUGCAGUAAAACCAUGGUCUUACUUUAUGAAAGAAGGAGAUGGAAAGUUACAGGUUGGAAUGAGUGUCAAUGGACCAUUCUAUGAAGAUACUGCUUUAACGUUUACUUGUAAUGCUGAUAUUAUUGGUAAUGUUGGUCAAAUCUCAGUUACAUGGACAUUAAACAAUGUGGUACUUAGACCUACCAGUAGAUCGAGGUGGAGGAUCAUGAGACUGCAACGGAAUAGACUGAUGCCUUUCAGGGUUGUGUAUCAGAUAUCAGUCGACCCUUUGAAAGUUAGGGAUUCAGGUAAUCUUUCCUGUAGUGUAACUGAUGGAUAUAACUUACAGUCUAACAGAACUAUUCAGAUGAAAGUACUUGGUAAACCAGUUGUAUUUAUUGGCCCUAUGUCAGCAGGAAUUAUGCAAGGGGAGACAAUUCCUAUAGAGUGUUUCAUUCUUAGCAAUGCCUCUGAAGUCCGACAGAUAAAGUGGUUUAAAAAUGGAAACUUGUUUAAUGGAAGUAAACAUGAAGUCAUCAGAAAGGGACCUGAAGGAUAUAGUGAGAUACUAACACACAGAAAUAUUCAAAGGAAUGUUAUCUAUGCGUGUCUUGGUACAAAUGAAGCUGGAGAGGGAAGAAAAGUUAGGUCUAAUAUAACAGUGUACCUGUAUCGAGAUGAACAAUCUCGCAUACUUUGUUAUAUUGAUACUGACAGAUUUGGAACUGUAUGGAAUUGGACCAUUGCUGGUAUUACUGUUAUAAAGCCAUGUAAAGGGAACCAAAGAGGAGAAGUGUCAAGAGUAUGCAGUAAGAAGGGUGUAUGGAGAAUACCUGAUUACAGUUCUUGUGUUAAAAAAGAAUUAGUGUCCAUUGUGGAAGAGGCUGAACAUUUGAAGGAAGGUGUUGAAAAAGAAGUUGUUGAUGAUAUUCUAAAAAAAUUAACAAACCUAACCAAACAAAAAGACAUUCAAUUGACGUCUGGUGAUCUAACUGCAGCAUCUAGUACCUUACUAAGUGUGGCUGAUUAUGCUAAAGAACGGGUAGAGACAGUGUCUUCUGACCAGCUGGAGGAAUUUCUUGUAUCUGCUAACAAUAUCCUAGGUGACGAAAACAAGGAAGAUUGGAAACAAUUGAAAACCAAACAGAAAAUUAAUGUGACCACAGUGCUAAAAGCUGUUCAAAAUUACAAUGACGCAUAUUCACAAAAGGAAACAAAGCCGUUUAAAAAAAGAAUACAAAAUAAUAAUAUAGUUGUGGAGAUUGGGAAGGUACAAAACGAAGACAUAACUUUUCCUGAUAGAACUCAAUCACAGCCAUCAUGGAUAACUAAAUCUAAAACAACAAUCAAAUUACAACAGUCAUCAUUAAAAAAAAAUCAGCUUGUUGGGUAUAACACUGCUUACUACAGAAACAUAUCGGAUCUUUUUCCUACUUCUGUCUUGAUAAAUAGUGAGUCAAAUGACGUAAAAGGCAACAUCCAAGUGAAUUCUGAUGUGGUGAAUUUUGGUACUUAUCCUCCUUUACCUCAUAUAGAUCCACCUCUGGUUAUAACAUUUGAAUAUUUGUCUGCUGGAUUAACUGAACCUAGAUGUGCAUUCUGGGAUUUUGAAAACAAAGCUUGGUCCACUGUUGGAUCAAGACUGGUAACAGCCUCAGAUGAUGUAGGAACUUGUGAAUAUGACCACACUACAAACUUUGCAUUAUUGAUGAGUCCAAUGGGGACUAAGGUACCAUGCAUAGUUGCAUUUGUCAUCUUUGCUCAUGAUUAUUCUGUUUGA